AUGCCAUUUGUUAAAGAUUUCACCCCUGUUGCCUUGAAAGAUACCAACUUAUUCAAACCAAUCAAAGUUGGUGACAAUGAGUUGAAACAUAGAGCUGUCCUACCACCUUUGACUAGAAUGAGAGCUCAUCAUCCAGGCCAUGUUCCAAACAAAGAUUGGGCUGUCGAAUACUACGACCAAAGAUCUAAGAGACCUGGUUCUUUGUUAGUCACUGAAGGUGUUUUCAUUUCUGAACAAGCUGGUGGUUAUGAUAAUGCUCCAGGUUGUUAUUCUGACGAACAAAUUGCUGAAUGGAAAAAGAUCUGUGAUGUUGUCCAUAAGAAUCACUCUUUUAUUUGGCCACAAUUAUGGGCUUUAGGUUGGGCUGCUGAUGCUAAAUCUAUGUCUAGAGAUGGGUUGAGAUAUGAUGGUGCCACUGAUAACGUCUACAGUAACGAUAAAUAUGGUAUAUUGGCAAAGGAAAACAAUAUCAAGAUUCACGGACUAACCACUGAUGAUAUCAAACAAUAUAUUAAAGAUUAUGUUAAUGCUGCUAAGAGAGUUAUUGCUGCAGGUGCUGAUGGUGUCGAAAUCCAUUCCGCUAACGGUUACUUAUUAAAUCAAUUCCUUGAUGAAAAUUCUAAUAAGAGAACUGAUCAAUAUGGUGGUUCCAUUGAAAAUAGAGCCAGAUUCCCAUUAGAAGUUGUAGAUGCUCUUAUUGAAGCCGUUGGUGCUGAAAAAGUCGGUAUUAGAUUCUCUCCAUAUGGUACUUUUAAUGAUAUGGCUGGUGGUAAGAAUUCCUUGAUUGUUGCUCAAUUCGCUUAUAUCAUUGGUGAAUUGGAAAAGAGAGCUAAGGCUGGUAACCGCCUUGCUUAUAUUCAUUUAGUGGAACCUCGUGUCACCAACCCAUUCUUAACCGAAGGUCAAGGUGAAUAUUUGGAUGGUACAAAUGAUUUUGUAUACUCCAUUUGGAAGGGUAUCAUUAUUAGAGCUGGUAACCUAGCUUUACACCCUGAAAUCGCUAAGGAUUUAUUGAAGGAUGAUAGAACAUUGUUGGGUUACGGUAGAUUAUGGAUUGCUAACCCAGAUUUGGUUGACAGAUUGGAAAAAGGUUUACCGUUGAACAAAUACGAUAGAGAUUCAUUCUAUUCCAUGACUUCUGAAGGUUACUUAGAUUACCCAACCUAUGCCGAAGCCAUUAAAUUGGGUUGGGACAAAAAAUAA